AUGCUGGGCAAGCGAUGCGCAUCGGAGAUGGAGGCUAGCCUCACCGAGUACUACCGCCAAGAGUGUCUCCGGGCCCUAUACGCCAAGCAACAACGACCACGCGAUUGCGCCUGGGUCAGCAAGGACAUGAUGGCCAAGCCUCCUCGACGAGCACGCAAGCGCGUGUCUUUCGCCACGGUCCUGGAGAUCAUCGGCAGCGCCGACGCCAGUAUCGACCGCAGCUCCAUCGAAGUGUCGCCGAUUUCAAGGCUUGAGAUCAUGGAGCUGCUGUCGCAGCGCACGUUUCCCGGUCAAGCGUACAACUGA